AAGGCCAUCAAACAAAGUGUUGUAUAUUAUAAGAUUGUGUGUUAUACGCCACACCCACCGCCUAUCUUCGCUCAUUCCCUUUUGGGCGCCAUGGGAAACGCGUUUGGAGGUAAGAAGACAGUGAAGGUGAUGAAGGUCACCGGGGAAACCAUGAAGCUAAACACCCCGGUUCAAGCCGGAGACGUUGUCAAAGAUUAUCCCGGCUUCGUUCUGCUGGAUUCCGAGGCUGUGAAGCACUACGGUGUCCGCGCGAAGCCGUUGGAACCCCACCAAAACCUCAGCAGGAAGCGCCUCUAUUUUCUGGUGGACCUGCCUAAGCUUCCAAACCAACCGCCACCACGCCGCAUACGUUCCGCAAUCCACAUGAGCGCCAAGGACAGGCUAGAGAGUUUGAUGCUGGCACGGCGCUCCGCAUCAGACCUAACUAUCAUGAAGCCAAAGAGUGUGUUGGCGGAGGAGGACGCCGGGGAGGGGUCAUCGGGAGCGGGAACGACACGGCUGAAGGUGAGGCUGCCGAGGGCGGAGGUGGAGAAACUGUUGAAGGAAAGCAAAGAUAAGGGAGAGGCGGCGGAGAAGAUCGUGGGACUGUACGGACUUUACAUGGAUAAAACCACACAAAGUGCCUCCAAAAGUGCGCCAAAACAGGAGAAGGAGGAUGGCAUCAAGCCACGUGAGAAGCGACGUGUAAGUUUCAUGACGACAAUGGAAGCAGGGACUGAAAUUGCGGUAGCAUCUUAAUUAUCGAGAAGAACAAGAUUCAUGAAAGUGCUACGUUAUGACUUUUACUUCAGUUUAAAAACAUUUGAAUCUUGCACGAGCUUGCUUUUGUAGAAUAUACAUAGAACUCACUAUGUAUUUAUUAGUUAACUUCAUCAUACAUAUGUAGCUAUCUGUGUUGUGCACGAUAAUCAUUUUUGGCUGAAUCUACUGUUUAACGUUCCUCCUUGUUUUCA